CAUGGUUAGGAGCGCCUCUGCACUCCAGCGUGCUCUCAUACCCAUCGCAGGCAGAGCCAAACGCUUCACACACACACAUGCUGACACAGCUCUGCCAGGAGCCGAAACAUGGAGAGGAGAAAGGGAUAAAAAAAACACAGGAGCUGGAGGGGAAGACGGGAAGCAAAGAGAAACAACAGUAGAAGAAGGAAGCAGCAGAGUGAAUGGAGAAGAAAGAAAAAAGGCAUAAAGAAGAUCAGAAAGUGACGGCGCGAUAGAGGACAGUAAACAGGUGCAUCGAGGCGGAGAAUGGGCAAUUCCUCCUUCCCAGGCAUGUCCCCUCUCUCUCUGUAGUUGCAGGUCGAGAGAAGAGAAAGGGUCCCAUGAUCUCUGCCGGUGAUGCCGAGUUCCCGCGGGAUUACCACACCCUGGCUGCCGGCGGCGGCCGCGGGGCCCGGCGGUUCCCUGACAACACCAACGGGGGGUUCACGUCGUCCUCGCUGGACCGCCGGCACAACUCCGUGGCCGCCAAAAGCCUGGAGGCCCUGAACAGCAUCCACAAGGCAGACAUCGAACGCCAGCGAGAUGCUCUCAUGGACCUCCAGAAGAACAAGUUCUCCAACAGCCCCGGCAGCAUGUCGCAGGGCUCCGCCCCUGCUGGGCGCCAGCAACAACCAAACUACUGGAGCUUCAAGACUCGCACGCCACGUGUGACACGACUCAGCCCAACACAGCCGGCUCUUGCUGACCAGGCCAGCAGGGUGUCCUUUGCGUCAGCUGAAAAUCUGGAGACCAUGUCAGAGCCGGAUAUACCCAUCGGCUUUAACCGGAUGAACCGGCUCCGCCAGAGCCUGCCGCUAGCUCGCUCGUCCAGCCAGGCCAAGCUGCGGGCGCCAGGGAUCUUGUUCCUCCAGCUUGGGGAGGAGACUCGCAGGGUGCACCUGACCCACGAGCUGACCAGCCUGGAUACUCUGAGGGCCCUCAUCGUGCACAUGUUCCCCCAGAGGCUCACCAUGGCCAUGCUCAGGUCUCCCAGCACGGCUCUGCUGAUCAAAGAUGAGACCCGUAACGUCUUCUAUGAGCUGGAGGACCCGCGGGACGUCCAGGACCGCUGCGUAAUUAAGAUUUACUGCAAAGAGCCCAUCUACGGCACCUACCCCGGACACCACAACCCACACCUGGCCAACGGAGACCUGCGGAGGGAGAUGGUCUACGCACCUCAGGACUCUCCACCUAACCGCCGCCUCAGCAACCCGCCGAUGUCUUCCCAGCAUUCAUCAUCCUCUGCCUCCCCUCAAGGCUCGCCGUCUCGCGCCCGCCUCCUCUACAGCGGCGGCAGGCCUUCUUCCUACGCGGGGCCGCCCCACCACACCCACUCCCUGCCGCACCCACACCCACACCCACACCCGCACUCCCAGUCCCACCACUCCUCUCCCCACCAGCAACCACAGCUCCACCAGCCCCACCACAGCCAGCAGGCCUUCUGUGCCUCCUCCAGCGCCAUACUGGAGCGCAGGGACGUGAAGCCCGAUGAUGAAGUGGGGGGAUCCAGGAGCAUGGUGCUGCUGCGGGGAGACGAGCGUGGGGGAGGGGGGAUCUACGCGGAUCCCUACUCUCUGGGCCCAGACACGAGUCGGCUGAGCCUCGCAGGAGGUCCUCACUCCCCUCUACCGGCCAGAGCAGACCCCUACGGCUCCUUAUACCGGCGUGGAGGAGGAGGAGGAGGAGGCGGAGGAGGGGGAGGAGGAGGUGCUGGAUCCAUGCGCUCACUCACCUCCUAUACAGCAGCUGCGUUACAAGGAGAGCUGAUGGAAAGCGGCGCUCUCUACAGACCAGGAGGACCGCUUUAUAACGACGCCUACGCUGCGUCGAUGUUGGCCAUGGGGCUGCGGGUGCCGCCACCGUCCUCCCCGCAGAAGAUACCCGACAUGAGGGAUUCCUACGCGGGCACCAUGCCCAGUCGGGGCUCCCCCGGGAGGCAGAGUUUGCGAAGGGACUCUGUGACCUCUUCUGUGUUUGGGGACAGUCCCAAAGCUCGGGGCCAGGGUUCGGGGUUAGGUCUCACCUCAGAGCAGCUCUGCUUGAUGGCCGGACCUGGAGGGGAGGGAGGCGGCACCGGAGGCUUCGGCUCGCCCCUGCUGGGAAAUGAAACAGAGACCAGGGAGCGUAUGGAGGCCAUGGAGAAGCAGAUAGCGAGUCUGACCGGGCUGCUGCAGAGAGUUCUGAGCAGAGCGCCGGAGGCCGAAAGCCCGGAGAAGAUUGAGUCAGCCAGCGACUGCUCGGGAACUGACACUGGACGAACUAAAAAAAAGAAAGCUUUGACGCCAUCUGCUCCCUUGGCCCUGAUGCCACCUCCGCCCUCGGGGGCCAACCAGCCUGUGACAGUGUCCCGCCUGCAGAUGCAGCUCCACCUACAAGGCCUGCAGCAGAACACCAAUGCACUGCGCAAACAACUGUCGCAACUACGCAACAUGCAGCUGGAGAACCAGGACUCGGUCUUGUCCCUGCUGAGGCAGACGGAGUCGGAGCUGAGCCUCAUGAUGCUGGACGCCAUGCGCACACAGGAGGACCCGCUCCAGAGACAGCGCCUCCUGGUGGAGGAGGAGAGGCUCAAGUACCUCAACCAGGAGGAGCUGCUCAUCCAGCAGCUGCAUGAUCUGGAGAAGUCGGUGGAGGAGCUGCAGAGGAACUCAUCAGUCAACCACGGCCUGGUGACCGAGCAGGAUGUGGAGCAGAAGAGCAAAGAGCUGAGGAUGCUGGGAGAGACGCUCACUGAGCUCAAAAACCAGUUCCCCAGCCUGCAGAGUAAGAUGCGAGUGGUACUGAGGGUGGAGGUGGAGGCUGUUAAGUUCCUGAAAGAGGAGCCGCACCGCCUGGACGCCCUCCUGAAGCGCUGCAACACCAUGACUGAUGCGCUCAGCACGCUCCGCAGUCUCUUGUAUCCCUCCUAUAUGUACAGACAAGUCACGGAAGGCGUGUGGAAGGGCCCCGAGGACCUCUCCAGCCAAUCGCAGAAGAGAGCCGAGGACGUGAGCCGCAGCUCUGACCUGGAUAUCCUGAACAGUCCUCCGCUCAGCCUCACCGACCUGAGCACCAGCGCCGGCCUGGCCAACUGGAUGCCCGUGUCCGCCGGCGACGCGGACUCCUUGGGCCCCGAGCAGGACAUCCAGCCCUCGAUGAGCUUCAGAAACCGGGUUCUUGAUGAGCUGCCGAGUCGGCGUCCCGGCGAUAAGUCCGUGUCGGCAGAAGUCAGACUGGCGGCAGAGCGGGACUGGGAGGAGAAGCGUGCCAGCCUGACCCAGUUCAGCGCCCAGGACAUCAAUCGCUUGCUGGAAGAGACCCAGGCCGAGCUGAUGAAGGCCAUCCCGGACCUCGACUUCGCUGCCAAGCACAUCAACAAGCCGGCGGUGCCCCCCAAGCCCCAGAUCACCAUCCCAAUAACCUCCACCACGGUUACUUCCCCAGCAGCUGGGACAACCGGGAGCACGGCCACCACCACCUCAACCACCACGCCCAGUGGGGACCAGCAGCCUGGAAAAGUGCAGCUGGCUGCCCAGAAGCUGAACAGUAUGGAGGGGGCCGGUUCGCAUCGAGGGUCGGUGGAUCUCAAUGUGGCCAGGUAUCGUACAGAGAAACCCUCCAAGUCUCCGCCCCCACCUCCACCUCGCCGAAGCUUCCCGUCGGCACACGGCCUCACCACCAACCGCACUGGAGAGGUCAUCGUCACCACCAAGAACCUGAAGAUGGAAGAAGAUGGUGACAUGCCUAAAACUCUGGUGAAGCUGAGGCGGACCCCCUCCGACACCCCGCGACCUGCCUCGACCCCGCCCGUGAUCGCAGCGUCUGCCAUUCAAGACGAGGACGACGAGGAAAAGAUAAUUGCCGAGCUGGAGAUAUUUCAGCCUGUAAACGAUUGUAAUAAACAGUACAGCACCCUCCCAAAGGCCACGCCCACUCCGCCAUGCACCUUCGGGUCCUUGGGCAGAAAGAACAGCAGCAACUCUCCGGGGCCGAUGAAGGGCCCCACCGUCGCCGCCCGGCUCAAACACCUUCAACAAGGCAGCCUAGAGAGGCCCAAAACCCGCAAGCAGAAAGAGGAUUUCCCCAAAGUCCAGGGCCAGCAGCAGGUAUUCCACUUCUAAAACCUCCACCUCUGACGCUCCGUCCACCUCUCCUCUCUGCAGUCGCUGUGAAGGAAGUUCCCUCCCUGCGACUUUCUACCAGACGAGACAAACUGUGUAGGCCCGACCGACACACACACCAGAGGGGGAACUAUCUACAGAAACCUUGAUUUUUACCAGUUCUUGAUGUGUGUUCUGAGUUACUGGAUCUAACCUAGCUUGCUUAGAGAUCAAGUUUUUUGUCGUACGAGUAUGUCGAUGUUUUGAUUUCCUGAGGAAGGUCUUGGUGGUGCUUGUGACUGAUUAAACUAGCUUUAUUAUAAUAGAUCUAUUCAGAUACAUCCGUUGCCUCCAUUGUGCGGCAUAAUCUCCAGUAAUGCCACGGAAUGAUUUCAUAUCUUCAAGGUCGAAGUGAUGAUAUUUCACCGUGAUCCAGCCAUGUAUUCUCUCACUGAAUCCUCAUCUCUCGCUCUAUUCAUCCAGUAAUUACCACAUGCUGCUCUCUUUCUAUCACCCAUCCUUUAAAUCUGCAGGUAGGGCUGCAGCAGGGUUGCACAGUAUUUUUUGGUGUGGCUGGUAAUGAACAGCACUGAAAGGCCCACGUUCCAGCCAAAAGGCCAAUCCAUUAAGCUAGCUCACUCAGAAUUGCUUUUUUUUCUUUUGAGAGCUCUGAUGCUACGACUUAUUAUGCAAGAAGACAAGAGUGAAGCACAAGGUCCAAGGUUACCUGAAAAAGCUGUUUUUGUAGAUGAGCUUCUUUCGGUUUAAUGCGUGUGCAAUAAAAAUAUUUAUGGACGAGAAGGAAGACUCACUGAGGCAGCAGAGCAAAGUCAAAAUGUAUGUGGAAGCACAAAUAAGCCGGAAGGAUUUAAAUCAUCUAAAAAAUUUUAUACGUAAUUAUUAAAUUUAGAUUUCCCUCUUUGAAAUCUCUUGUAGGUGAACUUGAUCUUAUUAAACUUUAAAGCUCCAGUGUGUAACAUUGAGGAGGAUCUAUUGGCAGAAAUGCAAUAUAAUAUUCAUAGGUGUGUUUUCAUUAGUGUUUAAUCACCUGAAAAUAAGAAAUAUUGUGUUUUACUUAACUUGUAAACUGUAGUUCUUAGAUGCCACUAAAUUCACACUGGUCCUUUAAAGCCGCUAUAAGGAACUCUCAUGUUGUGUUGACUCUGGCGGCCCCUGUGGACAGAAGUGGUAGUGUCCCCACCGCCUCGUUUCGUUGAUUUUAAGGGGAAUCCGACCCGAUUUCAGGCGAAAAGAAUAACUACAUAGAAAUCUUCUCACUGAUGGUCCCAUGUGUGGGUUCAUACAGGCUGCGUUCACACCUCAAACCUUAUCUCUCAAUCCUGAUUUGUUGCUCAGAUCGGGUUUGUUUUGUUUGGCUGUAAAAGUCACAUGAAUUCCGAUAUGGCUGUUCACACUGAGGACCACAUAUGAAAGUAGACCGAAUCAGAUUUAAUAAUAAGUAAUAAUAAUUUGUCAGAUCUGAGUCACAUACGGGCAAAAAAGUCUGAUUUAGGCCACUUUUCUGUUUCGUAACCAGUUAAAAACUCUUUGUAGCACAUUUAAGUAUUUUAAGGGUUUUAUAUUUAACAGAAAUUAUACAGAAGUUGCUCAAAUUCAGUUGUUAAAUUUAAGAUCUAAUAAUUAGUGAAAAAAAUUAAAUGUUGAUGGAAUUCAGACACUAAGUGUUCAUACAAUAUAAUCAAUGGAGCCUGAAUGGAAGCGAUCGGAUGUCGUAUCAGGUUACUGUCUGUCAAUCACAUGACCCGCAAAAUAAAUAAUUCAAAGAGAGGCUUUAUAAUAUACUUUAUUAUCCCUUUUUUAGUCACAUGACUCAAUCCAGAUAAAUGUUUGUGAAAGUGGAAUAAUUCAUAUUUAGUCGUAUACAGUGCCAACAUAAAGUGUUGUAGUUUCCUAUAAAAUUCAAUUGAACAUCACAUUUCUUUGCCUCCGACCUCCUCGUCCACACAUACAGACUCAAACCGCCUGUGUUUGACAGGAAGCCAUCCGACCAGCGGCGACGUGUGGAAGCUUUAUUCAGACGUCCUCCCGCAGACAACCAGUCGCCCUCUUUUUCCUCCUCACGGCUGCUCUUUCUUCAGCUGCUUCAGCUCCAAAACAGAACUUCAAACAAAAUGUGGGAAAAACUGUAAACAGCUUCUCCAUAAAACAUAACUUUAACAAGAUACUAGGAAAAUAAAUAAUACGUCUUCCUGCACCAGCGGGGGAAAUAAACGGUCCAGUCAGAGCCGAGUAUGGAAAUGAAACCAGCUCCAGGCUCACGAGAGGCCAGAGGGAGGCUCUGUAUGUGUGAGCGGGAGGUUAAACUCAGUGCUUGGCCGACAAACUCCGAAGCCUUUUUAGAUGUGAAGCUCCGCUCGUCUUAUCUGCUCCCGCAGACACUCCAAGCUGCCCCCGACCUGCUGAGUGGAGCAGCCUUGACCCUUCCUCCGCCACGAAAAAGAGCUUUCAGAAAAUACCCAGAGAGAGAAAAUGAUAAACCAUCCAGACAGCGAGCACCUUAACUGCUCACAGACAUCCACAGUUUCCACCCUGAAUCUCUACGCCUGCAUUUUUAAAAUGAAUUCAUGAAUUUAGCCAUUAAUCAUGCAUUACAUCAUUUAUAAAUUCAUUUCUCCCUGAAAGCAGCUCGUCCACAGGAGCCCACACAUGUUUGAGAGACGUCCAUGUAUCAGGUUAUGACUCCCAGGAAAGGACGGCCUCUUUGACAAUAGCCUCCAUUAGCCGUAACAGCAAUUAGCACAUGGCUAACAUGGCUGACCUCCACUUGACAUGCUGAAGCCAUCUGGGCGAGCGUGGCACUUCCCUCCGCAGCGAGACCUCCGGGAUUAGUAUUCAGGGGGCCAGUCGGGUCCUGUGCCGGACUGAAUAUUAACUCCCUUAUUGCUUUUUAAAAAUUCAUCACCCAAAGAGCCCGAAAGCAAAUAAUGGUUUGUGUUUUUGUGCAUAAAUUCAGCUCGUGGCUUGAGAUAAUGACAUCAAACAUGGUGUUAAUGUGGAGCAGAAACAGGUAUUCUCUUAAGUAUCCUCAACGCAGUCGCACGAGCAAAGUUAUCUGCAGAAAAACGAAUCAUUUGGUUCAACGUCAGUAGAGAAAAAUGAAUCUCUGGCACCCUAAACUACAUACAGCACUGUGGGUUGUGGGUCCAAUGCAGCAGGGUGUGUAAUAGUUAAUGUAAAGAAUGCUGAUACAACACAACAAAAGUUUAACUCAUUACCUAGAGUUUGCUGCCAUCGCAGUCACUUUAUUGUUUUAUUUCCAUUCACACAUUUUCUGCUGUGGGUGAAGGAAGCAGUAAACAUCACAUGAUGCCUGUUCCAAGCCUCGGGGCAAAUGAAAGCAUUUUGGAUUGUGAAAUGUUUGCUAACCAGAGGCUAUUACACUGCAGCUUCCAUCUACAACAACUACCAAACCAAUGCCACCAAAUAUCUCAUCUAACUUUUGUCGACCUGUGCAGGAGUUUUGUUUUCUGCCGCGGCUCCAGAGCUCCUCCUGUUUAUUCCCCGAGUUUGAUGGAAAAGUUGCUGCUCCGCUGCGCAAAAAAAAAAAAAGAAAGAAAAGGAGGCGGUGCACUUUAUAAUCCCCUUUUGGAGUCUGGGUGGUGCACCUGUCUGCCAGUCCUUUUGUUCCUGAGAGCGGUGGGAGAGCCACAGAUGUGCCGGCGUCCCCCCCGAGGCACCGAGCAGCACCUUGUCACCACAAACUGUUUUCUUUUAUUGUUGAACUUAAGCUGUUGUCAAGCUUUGGAUUCUUCCUCUUCCAACACAGUUACAGACAAUAUGAGCAUUCAGAGGACGUGAAAGGCUUUUUUAAGUGUGUUUCACUCAGCCGGUCUUUUCUUCAGGCGUUACAGUCGGCUGUUAAUCCUCACCAGCCUGCAAAGAAUUCAUCUUCGUCCAAGUACUGUUAGCCAAAACUGAGAUUUUCUUCUUUGAUCUGGUCCCUUGAACAGAAGCAUUAUUGCCCCGCGGAGUCAAUACUUUAUCACAACUUGGGUCUUAUUUUUGUAGUUUUGGCUUAUUUCUAUCAGUAAUGAUAUUAUUGCACUGAUGAAAUCAGUUAUUGAGAAGCCAGACGGGUCGAGAGACAUGCAGACGAGCUGUAAGCAAACCUCCUAAUUAGCCACAUUUAUUUAGAAGAGAAAAGAUGAAAAGUAAAAUGAUGUCCAUCGCAGUUCACAGACCGACUCCUGACCCACUGAACUGCAGCUAAACGCAGUUUAUGAGGAAUUAUUACUGACACUGUGCUUAAAGCAGCAUUAGAGGUGUUUCAGUCAUCCAGGCUCAUUAGCCCUCUGCUCAGGUUGAAGUCGGGUGGAGCUAUGAUGGAAAAGGUCCCUAAACUCGGUGUACCAAUAAGAAUAAUCGUUGUAAGCUGUCGCAUUAGGAGAGUGGAGGAGGUGUUAAUUAAGCACAAUCUGUGCUCACUCGAGCAUCAGGAAAUAAAUAAGUGAAAACACCUGUAGGGCUUUUCACACUGCGCUUAGCACCAGGCUGUUAGAGGUUCGGUGUGAACGUACAGCCGGGGGGGCUUAGGGUUGACCCUGGGUUUACUGUGCGUGUUUGAAAAGGGGGUAAGUCAUCCCAGGGUCGACUCUUAACCCCGGGCUGAGAAUACGCAGCGUGACAAGCACUUGUGAGGGUGACAGUGUAGGAAGGCAGUUUCAAAAUAUACUUGGCAGGUGAUUGGAUGAACCAUCUGUCUAUCACUGGUGAACUUCAGCCAAUAAGAUCAAUGAACCAUAUCACAAAGUCUUACUGAAGCCAGCCGGGAGAAGAGUCUUCGUGUUUCAUUGAAACAUUGAAAUACUCUCCAGUUCUGAUGUAACUGAUGCUAGCAGCAUCUACGCUAACCUCUGUAACAACUUCCAGUCAGUCCUGUUAAUGUCCAGUUCAAGCCCCGCCCCUUAUUGGGUAUACAGAUACACUAGCUCCUCCCUAAUUUGCUAGGAUGCCUACCUCUGAGCGUAGCUAGAUGGGACUCUAAAUUACAUACAAAAAGUCUCAUUAAACUCAAUGACAAGCACCAGAUCACUCACAGCAACUUAUCUGAACUUGUCUGGUAGAAACAACAACCAAAGCUACAAAAACAAGACUCAAGCUUCAUCCUUUUCGUGAGGAUUUUACCUCUCAAGGACAGAUUGAAGCUCCAUCCAUCAGGCGCAGAUGUACUUGGCACUCUUUAGACGUACAGUCCCACUGUGGCAGGCGUCUCUCUACAUGCCCAGUGCUGUCUGAACAGUCUCAGUCAUUAAUCUUCCUGAACGUAGCUUGUUUGUCCUCAAAAACCCUUUCGCCUGCCGAACAUUGGGACGGACAAACAGUCAGCAGCCGUUGUGUAAUGUGAGGGAAGAUCUGUGUUCCAGUAAUGUGCAGAGCCGUUCAUUAGCGGUGGCAGCAGAGGGGGGACGGACAGGGGGGACAGACGGGGGGACGGACAGGUUACGGUUGUUCUUCCACUUGGUUUAUUUAUUGGACACAUAAAGGAGCCUCUGAGACUCUGCUGCUGUUUAAAGAGAGAUCAGGUCAGAUUGAAGGAAAUGUUUUCUUAGCAACACCCGAGAGCCUCGGCUAAUAAAGAGCACACUCCUCUCCUCCUUCAUCUCCUUUACUCUCUUUCCCUUGUGUCCAUUUGUUGUCUCCUCUCCUUGCUUCUUCCCCCCUUCUCUCCUUUUCUCAUCUCGUUUCCUCUCCGUAUCUCUACUUUUCCUCCCGUUUCUGUAUAUUCUCUCCUUACUACCUCUCCUAUCCUCUCACCUACUGGUUUCCUUCUCUCUCCGAAUCUGUUUCCUUUUCUCAUUGCCUCGUUUCCUCCCAUCAUCUCCUCUUCCCUUGUCUCCUCUCCUUGUUUCCUUCUCUCUCUGCAUCUCUUUCCUGCUUUUUCAUCCCAAUACCUCUCCUUGUUCCCUCUCCUCUUACUCGCCUCUUCUCCUCUCCCCUUCCUUUUGCUCAUUUCCUUGCUUCCUCUCCUUCCUCUCCUCUUCCUCUGCUUGUUUCCUAUUAUCAUCUCCAUGCAAACAAGAAGAGGAGACAAGGAGACACAUCUCUAUUCCUUGUCUUCUCUUCUUGUUUCCUCACCUCUGCUCUUCUCACCUUUCCUUAUCUGAGUUCCUUCUUUCCUCUCCUUAAAUUUCCUUUCCUCGUCUCCUCUUUCCUCACUCUCCUGCCUCUCUUUUUCUUUCCUUGUGUCUUUUAUCCUCUCCUCCUGUCAGACUCGUCUUACAUGAUCCCUCCUCUCCUGUCUCCUUUACCUCCCUCCUCCCUCCCGGCGUCACACAGAGAAGAAGAGCUGAAUAAGGACCGAUCUUUGAGUCCCAGAGCAGCGCUGUGAUCACAGCUUCAUUUCUGCCUGUUUGCUGCUCAGCGACAGCCACAUUCUCCUUCUUCUUCUCUCAUCUCCCCGCAAGCACGAUGCACCAAAACCCGCCGUCCCCGGUGGCCAAUCAGGAGAUUGAAGCGUAGAGUAGCGGUAGUUCGGGGGGGCGGGGGGGAUGUGUGAGAUUUAACAAACUUGAAAUACAUUUGUCUGUUUGUAAAUUUUGAUUUUUGUCUUUUUUCUUUUCCCCUCCCUCUCACUGCUUCUUGUUCCGUCUUGUUUUUUGACUUUUUUAUUUUUUGCUCUUAAAUCUUCCUUCCUCUCUGCUUCCUUGCUUUUUUUGGGGGCAGUGCUGAGAUGUUUUUGUCCCUGAUGCUGCUUCUUGUGCUCCGGCAGAAAACGCUGCUCAUCCUUCUGGCCAAUCACCAUCAGUGUGGCUGAUGUUUGCCUCCUUCCACCGCUUCUUCUCACGUCAUUUCAGUCUGUGAGUCUUCCUUUCUUUCCCCUUCUCCCUCUCUCGCUUUGCUUUCUUCAUCCUCUGUCUGCUUCUCAGGUCUCAGCUGGACUAAAUGCGUGAGGAGCGAGUACUCGGAUCAUUCUGGUUUUGGACUCGAUCCUAGUUCAGACCUUGAAGGAGAGAGAUUUUGAACAGUUUGUUCCGACUAUCAGCUAGAAGUCACCAAAAUUAUCACACUAGGGAGCCAAAUAGGAGAUCGACACACCAAUAAUUUACUUUUCACAUUGAAGGUUUAUUGGAUGCGGCUCUGGACCUGCAGUUCGAAGCAGUGUGGGGAUUUCACUUCUAAUAUCUUUGUUGCAAAUUCAUCGUCCACCAUGUCUAACAAUCCAACACAAUUUCUGUGUCCCAGUUUCAAACUACGUACUAAAUUUAAGCAGGUUUUUAUCAAGUUUGAGUUAAUGAUAUUCAGCAACAAUCAGAAGAUUUAGGAUUGAACUUUGUUUGUUUUGGUAAAGUAAGUAUACUGCCCUCCAGAGGCUAACCGCAGUAAAGAAAGGCUUUAAAGUUUUUGGACUCUCCAGCCUAAAGUGUUUUAGGAAGAACGGCGACUAUGAGCUUAUUGAAUAUGUAUUCUCUAAGUUGUUUUUACGGCUUAAUAAUCAUGACCAGUUAUUUGACCUCUGACCCCAAAACUGCAGAUUAAUGCACUCUGUCUUUGUGUUAGCAUAAUCAGAUAUAAAGAAAUAUCUGACAACAUCUAAAGCUAAUCUGAUGUCUUAUUACAUUAAAUCUGUAUUCGUUAUUGUUUCAUGUGUAAAAAGGUGAAAUAUUUAUAGAUAAUAGAUAGAAAUGUAAGUAUUUUGUGAGCUUUAACCUAUAACAGAUGUAUUUUAAUUACUACAAUAAUACACAGACGAAGUCAAUAAGAGUUCCCAGUGGAGAACAUGAAAUUGUAGUUCCUGCGGUUUGCCUUUGUAGGGCAGUAUUUAUAUUAUUAUAAAGACUUACAACAUAACACAACCAUGAAUGGAUACAACAAACAAACCAUCACAAUAUCAAUACGUCUCCAAACCACAAAAGUUGCUUUAAUCAGUGGGAAUGUUUCCUCUUAACGAACUGGAAGAAUGGAGCCAAAAUCCUCCCAAUUUUAUUGGAGGAGACACUUAAUGAGUCAGAUCUUUCACUUUUCAUGUGAAGAACAAUAUAAAUGUCGUCUCGGAGAAACAACUUAAACAAUGUUGCUUCUUUUUUUCGAUUCCCAGCGUGGUUGAACUGCGUUAUGUUUGAGGUUUCUUGCCAUAUUCCCCUGGAUCGGCCACACUUCAACGCGUUACUCUAAAUAAAUCCUUCUCGAGAUGAGUAAACAGAAAUUGAUGUCAAAAUUUGUUGGACUUUCCCUUUAAAAGAGGGUUGCCCAACCUUGAGACUUAAUGGUGGGCCAUGGGUCGAAAGUAAACACAUAUUUUAUUGUAUUAUUACAAUGCAAAGUGUCGCUCUCCAGAUAUUUAAAGAGCAUUUUGACCUCACAAAAAUUAAAACAGCAUAAACAGCAAUUAAUAUUAUAAUUCUGUCCGAAUUUAACCUCACGAUGGGUCCAACCUCUUUAAAACAAACUGCAGGUGGAGGUGAGAGAGCUCAAAAGUGGUUAAUUAAUGAGAUUCUGCUGAAUAAAAAAACAUACUAUUAUAGCAAUUAGUAUAUAAUGUAUACAAUUAGUAUGGAGUAUGAAACUGGGACGAUAUUUUCCGUGUUUCCUAAGAUGGCUUUGUUGUAGACACUGAAUCGAACCCUGGAUGUAACACGCCGGAGGGGUUGAGAUGAAGUGUGAAGAGUUAAAUAAUCCUGCUCACAGGCUCACUGUGAGAGUAUUUAUACCACAGGAAUUAAAUCACAAUGCUUCAGUAUAUAGUUAAUACAUCUAUGGAAUGUAUUAGUAGUCUCAGAAAUAGCAUUAAACGCUAGCACGAGUAAUAAUAGACAAACGCAGUUAAAGUAUAACCUAAAAUCACUUCACAGAUAUAUUGUAUGUAUAUUAAAAUGACCAUUUAGUUUUUUGUUUUGAAGAAAAAUCGCUUUAUUAACAUGUAAAAAAGAAAAAGUAUCAUCUAUGUUUUAUAUAAUCAAGCUUUUUUUGUAUUUUUAUACUUGAAGAAGAGGAUUCAUAAGCAUGUAACACAUUUAUUCUGUAAAUUAUUAUUUUUCUGUGUUGAAGAUUUUUUUGAUUUUUAAUUAUUUCCGUUCCCGCUAACCAUGACCACACUUUGUUGUAGAAGACCGAGUCAGCGGCGGGAGAGCGGGAGGUACUCCAGAUGGUUGUGAUGGACAGUAUAUAGUACACCACCACAUUUAUUAAAAAGCACAUACCUUCCUCUAAAGCUCACUGAUAGGACACCCCCCCCCCCCUCCCCAUUUUAUAGCUGUUUUUCCUCUAUUAUAACCGACAGUGUACUACACAGACCGCAGUUUAAACUCUAUUGAUGGUUUCUUGAUGAAUGUGUGAUUGUUCAAACCAUUUGUGGAUGUUUCAAAAAGUGUAUAUAAACCCAAAUACUAUAUUACAAAAAACUGAUUUUAUGUGGGAACAUUUUUUUAGACGGAUUAAAAAAAUAAAUAAAAUAAAAAAAGGUAAUCCAAAAAUGGCAUGCAUACUGUAUACAUUCCUGGAAAUCUGCACGCUGGGUCAACAGAGGUCUCAUUUUAUUGUCAAUAAUUCUGUGUAUACUGUGUGAGUGUAUGAUAGAGUAAACAAAAAUUGUACAGUAACAUAGAUUUUUGUAUUAUGUUCAAAAUGGGUCGAUAAAAGCCCCUUUUACUGUGAGAAUAAAGUAAAAAAAACAAUUAUUGUAACUAUUGAGGAAGAUAUUUGAAUGAUAUAUCAACUGAAUACUGUUCCUCCAGUCUGAGAGUGAUGCUUGCUGUGUGGGGUCAGUGUUUGUUUGUGAAUCGUGACGAAGAAUGAUAAUCUACUACAGAGUCAGUAUAAACUAAUAAAGACCAACUAAAACCGUGCAAAACGCCGCGCAACUUUUGUGUAUGGAAAGUAAAAGUUGCUGCUUCAUGUGAGAAAAAUCAACCAAACGAAAAAGGUUGCUGCUUUUGUACGUUCCUGUUGUGUUUUUGUGACAAUAAAGGUGACCCUCUUAUA